AUGGUUGAAGAAAGAGUGAAAUUAUGCAAUGAACAUACAUUUCAAUGUUCAAUAUGUUGUAAUGAUAUUGAUGAUAAAACAAAUGUUUAUGAAAUUGAAUCAUGUCAUUGUCAAUUCUGUAAAGAGUGUGUACGUCAGUACUGUAACAGUCAAAUAAAUACAGCGUCGGUACCAAUUCGAUGUCCCAAUAGCGAAUGCAAUAAUCGAUUGUCAUUAAAUGAACUCUAUUCUCUACUUACUGAUGCGCAAUAUCAACUUUAUAAUAAAUUAUUACUUGAUCAUGAGGUGACAAAUGAUCCACAUAGACUUUUUUGUCCACAUGUUGAUUGUGAUCAAGUAUUGUCAAUAGUUGAUGAAAGAAAAAUUCAUAAAGAACAUCCAAUGACUUGUACAAAAUGUAAAACAACAUUUUGUUUAAAAUGUCGUUCACAAUGGCAUCCACAUGAACAUUGUUCGGAUUUACUUACACCAUAUGAAAUGGAAGCUGAUUCAAAUAUAAAACGUUGUCCACGAUGUCGUUUUCCAUUAGAAUGGAUCGCUGGUUGUGCACAAAUAAUGUGUGUUAAUUGUAAACAUAUUUUUUGUUGGUAUUGUUUAAAAUCACUUGAUAAUGAUUUUUUCUUAUUACAUUUCGAAAGUGGACCUUGUCGUAAUAGACUUGGUCAUUCCCGUGCAUCACUAUUUCUUCAUCGUCUUACAAUUGUUGGUAUAUUUAUUGGUUUAAUUCUUUUACUUCUUAUAGCUAUACCAUUUUUAAUAUUAACUGCACCUUGUUUAUUAUGUUGUCGUUAUAAACAAAUAAAAAAUCGUUUAAAAAAUUUAACAAAAUUAGGACAACGUUUUCAACAACAACAAUAUACACCAACAGCACAUCCAUCACCAUCAUCAUCAUUAAAUCAAUUAAAUAAUUCAUCAUUAAUUGAUAUUGAACAAGAAACAAAACCAAUGAUUAAAAGUUCAUUAUUAUCUUCAUCAUUCAUAAAUAUCAAUCAAUCGAAACCUGAAUUAUCAUCCCAUCAAAUAAUAAAAAUACAUAGUAAUACAAUAUUAUGUACAAUUGAUGAUGAACAUUUAUCAAGUCCACAAGAUGAACAAGAUGAUGAUACAACAAAUGAACCAGAUGAAUGGGAAGAAACAGAAGGUCCGAAAUGUCUUGGUGAUAUAUUUGAAUCCGUUACUGGGGCAAUAUUUCUUGAUUCAAAUAAAUCAUUUAACACAAUAUGGAAAAUUUAUUAUCGUAUGUUAAAACCAUUUAUUGAACAAUUUACAACUAAAGUACCAAAAUCACCAAUACCUGAAUUACUUGAACGUGAACCCGAAACUUUCAAAUUUGAAAAACCUGAACGUUUACUUGAUGGUCGAAUACGUGUUACUGUUGAAAUAAUUGGUAAAGGACGUUUUAAAUUUAAAGGUGUUGGAAGAAAUUAUCGAAUAGCAAAAAAUGCAGCAGCAAAAUGUGCUUUAAAAAAUUUGCGCCGUCUUGAUUUAAUGAAAGAUUUAUUCUUUUUCAAUGAAAAACAAAAACAUAUUUCUCAGCUAUUUAUUUUAUUGUAA